AUUCGAACAACGGCCUGGCCACCUCUUAGACUUCAUCAUUCACAGCUGCCAUAGCACGCGAGGGAUACGUUUUCGAGCACCGUGGUGCUUCGACACUCUCGUACAUCACUUUUACAUAUCACGGGCCACCAGGAGCUUCCUGCGACGCGCAUCAAAGAAGAGCAGAACUGUACACGUCCGCAUCUUGGCCCCCCAAGAUCCAGGUGCUGCAUUUCAAUUGCUGUUGACAGCCUCCAAAUUUGCAGCCGGGCGCGUCGUGCGACACACUGCGGCGAAAGAUGCGCGCGAACGAGAACACCGUUAUCGUGCACCCGGACGUCGUCUUGGUACCCUACAGGACAGAGCACAUCGCCAAGUACCACGAGUGGAUGACCAGCGCCGAGUUGCGCGAGCUUACGGCAAGCGAGCCGCUUACUCUGGACGAAGAAUAUGAGAUGCAACGCAAGUGGCAGACGGACGAAGACAAACUGACAUUCAUCGUCUUGGACGGCACGCGAUUGGUGUCGGCGGAGGGCACGACGAUCUCCCCAGAGAGCCUGCGCGGCCUCCCGAUGAUUGGCGACGUGAAUCUGUUUCUCAAGGGCACGCCCGACGAAGAAGAGUUCGAAGCCGAGGCGGAAAUUAUGGUUGCGGAACCCGCGUAUCGGAGACGCGGCAUUGCUUUCACCGCGCUGCAACUCAUGUUGUCUUACGCGACGGACCCGUUAUCACCAUCGCCGCUCCCCGUGCGUCCGGAGAAGCUCGUCGCCCGCAUUGGCGACAAGAAUGAGCCCAGCAUACGCCUCUUCGAGAAACUCGGCUUCUCCGUAACGAAGAUAGUCGCCGUGUUCGAGGAGGUAGAGCUGCGUUACACCGGAACCAAUGGCACGCCAUGGAUCGCAGGGACCAUCACGGAGUUGUCAAUGUGAAGUUGCCGCACGGGAACUGGCGGCGGCGUCACCAUCGAUCGGAUACCGGAUUGAGUUGUGGAUAUCCAAUGGUGUCUUCUUUUGGCGAAGCUGAGGCCAAGGUGCGGAUCGACAUAGGCGCGUGCCAUUGGCUCCCACCCCAGAGUCCCAUAGCUGGUGCCUAGCAUACCUACUGUGUUCAAGCUAGUUGCUUCCGCCUCUCACGCGAAAAUAGGUGGAGGGUUCUCGAGUGCAUGGCUCCACGAUCGUAUGCGUGUAGAGUCCCGGGGGAGGGCGUUGUUGUACCGUGUACGUACGCCCAUGCGCGGUUAGGGUUACGGCCUCCUGUAUUGAGCGCGGCACGCUGC